UGAAGAGAAAAGGAAAAGUUACUGUUUGAUUAGGAGACUUUCAUGAACCAUGACAAUUGUUCCAACCUGCUUUUAGAAAGAGCCCAAAGAACUCUAAAACUUCUUUAGUUUGUGGACAGUGACUGUUGUUACUUCGUGCACACUGCUGGUACUAACCUAAACCUCUCCAAUUCCACCUUUAAAUUCAAAUACUAAAUUGCUGACUAGAUAGCUAGGGUUUAUCGUCAUCACCACCAAAUGGCGUCUAUCUCUGCAACAACAGCACCAAAAUUCUCCAUCUCUCAGAUCACUUCCAAACCCUCACCGCCGCGGAUCUCCCAUUCUCUUCUUCACUUCACUCCAACACGAUGCCGUUUCUUCUCAAACUCUAAGUUUUCUGUUUCCUUUCCCUCCAAUUCCCGAUUCAAAUCCUCCACCGCCAUUUCCUGCUCCUCCUCCGCCGCCCCUCUCAGCCGUCGCCCCGAAUACAUCCCCAGCCACAUUCCGGACCCGUCCUACGUCCGGAUCUUCGACACGACUCUCCGCGACGGCGAACAGUCCCCUGGCGCAACGCUAACCUCGAAAGAGAAACUCGACAUAGCUCGCCAAUUGUCGAAACUCGGGGUGGACAUUAUCGAAGCCGGCUUUCCGGCGGCUUCUAAAGAUGAUUUUGAGGCAGUGAAAACGAUUGCGAAAGAAGUGGGAAAUGCGGUUGAUGAGGAUGGUUAUGUGCCGGUGAUAUGUGGAUUGUCGAGGUGUAAUGAGAAAGAUAUCAGAACUGCUUGGGAGGCGGUUAAGUAUGCAAAAAGGCCCCGAAUUCAUACCUUUAUAGCCACCAGUGCGAUACACAUGGAGUAUAAGUUGAGGAAGAGUAAAGAGGAAGUCGUUGAGAUCGCUAGAAGUAUGGUUAAGUUUGCUAGAAGCUUGGGGUGUGAUGAUGUUGAGUUUAGCCCUGAAGAUGCUGGAAGAUCUGACAGAGAGUUCUUGUAUCAUAUCUUGGGUGAAGUUAUCAAGGCUGGUGCAACAACUCUGAACAUACCUGACACUGUUGGUAUAACUUUACCUAGUGAAUUUGGACAGUUGAUAGCUGACAUAAAAGCCAAUACACCUGGAAUUGAUAAGGUCAUUAUCUCAACACAUUGCCAAAAUGAUCUUGGACUUUCUACUGCCAACACUUUAGCGGGGGCAUAUGCAGGUGCAAGACAAGUGGAAGUAACAAUUAAUGGCAUUGGUGAAAGGGCUGGAAAUGCUUCAUUAGAGGAGGUUGUAAUGGCCAUAAAAUGUCGUGGAGAGCAUAUUCUAGGAGGUCUUUAUACUGGAAUCAAUCCUAGACAGAUCACUAUGGCAAGCAAGAUGGUAGAAGAGUACACUGGAUUGCAUUUACAGCCACACAAGGCUAUUGUUGGAGCUAAUGCUUUUGCUCAUGAAAGCGGUAUACAUCAGGAUGGAAUGCUAAAACACAAAGGCACAUAUGAGAUAAUUUCUCCUGAAGAUAUUGGGCUUGAGCGAUCCAAUGACGCUGGGAUCGUCCUUGGAAAACUUAGUGGCCGUCAUGCAUUAAAGGAUCGACUAAAAGAGCUUGGCUAUGAGUUGAAUGAUGAGCAACUUGGCACGAUCUUUUGGCGUUUCAAGGCAGUAGCUGAAACCAAAAAGAGAGUUACUGAUGCUGACCUGAUAGCAUUGGUGUCAGAUGAAGUUUUCCAGCCAGAAAUUGUUUGGAAGCUUGGUGAUUUGCAGGUCACAUGUGGAACACUUGGUCUAUCCACUGCAACAGUUAAGCUCAUUAAUGCUGAUGGUGAAGAGCACAUAGCAUGUUCGGUUGGUUCUGGGCCUGUAGAUGCAGGAUACAAGGCUGUUGAUCUCAUUGUGAAGGAACCAGUUGAACUUCUGGAAUACUCCAUGAACGCUGUUACAGAAGGCAUUGAUGCAAUAGCCACCACCCGCGUUCUAAUUCGUAGGGAGGACAAUCACACAUCUACGCAUGCUUUAACAGGCGAACCAUUCCAACGGACAUUUAGUGGAUCUGGUGCUGGAAUGGAUAUUGUGGUUUCUAGCGUGAAGGCGUAUGUUGGAGCACUAAAUAAGAUGUUAGCCUUAAAGCAGCAAUUUCUGACGAAAAGGGUUUCUUCUACAGAUAGGACCCCUGUAUCCGCAUGAAGAAGCGCAAGGACACCAUUGUGGAGUAUGUCUUAUUAGCCGUGUAAAAUUGGUAAGAAUGUUUAAUAGAAGUGUUAUUUUUCUUAUGUAUAAGAACUAGAGGAAAAAAAAGUUGUCUAUAAUCAUAAGCAUCUCCUAAUAGACACUGGUUGUAGUUUCUGCGAACAACUUUUAAUUGCACUAGUAAAGAGCUAUCUUGUUCUUCCA